UGAACACUCAUAUAGAUACAGAAAUGGCACUACUUGUGAGGAUCAGUCUUAUUUAAAGGCAAUUGUCGACGUUGCUGAGUCGGAGAGUCUUUUCACUGAGCGAUCAAAUAGUAUCAAAUAAUAUAUUAAUAUAUUUAAAUAUGACAAAAUCCAUUAAAAUCCAAAAGUGAAAGUCUCCCUGUCGCUGUGGAUAUCGACAUGCUUCGAGCUUUGGCUUACCCUUUGAAGAUCCUUGAGGGGACUUUUUGUGAUCGACGUGUCGUUUGUGGCAUGAUCGAUUGAACUGCUUCUCCAGAUUGCAUGAAUGACACUUUCCAAGCUUAGCAUCUCCUCCACUUAUCCCCGCCUGGCGUUGAAAAGGCACUGGCACUGGCCCCUGCGGAAGCGCAGAUCGGCAUGAUGCGUUGAUGGAAAAGAAACCUGGUCUUGUCUAAGUGGCAUGUGCAAUGAUUACAAUCCGUAGCCGGUUCAACUUAGUCUGACUUUGCACUGCUUAGAAAACAUGUUUUGAGAACACCUCGACCUCAACGGCCCCUGAAACUUCCGCUGUCGUCCACGACUCCAGAGCAACUUGAAUCAAAAAGGAUUCCCAAACGUGGUGACAAUCUAGAAAAUUAACUCUUUCUAUUCUUCAUUACAAGAAAUUCUGUACCACACAGAUCACCAUGGACUGAAAAGAAACGCAAAAACAAACCAUGGCUUCGCUCUGGCCUUCUCACGUUCAGGCCGACUCUUUCUUUUUUUUGUGCCAGACCCCCCGCGUGGCCCGCCUGGGCGCUGGUGGAAGGCCUGACAACGGUGCGGAAAAAACGCGGGUGCGGCCGCCUCCAACGCGAAGUGUCUCAACGAAGAGGGCCCUGUUCAUCGAUUCUUGUGAGCGUUGGAGAGUUGUUGUCCAGCCCCCAAAGGGAAGCAGCUGGGAAGCACCUGUCCUCGUCCUCUUCUCGGUUUGACGACUUCUUUGGGGAGGUCAUGAGUCGAAGAGCGGUCCUUGUACUAAAGGAAAUUCCCCUGAAGAUUGGUCAUCGUCGGUGUUUUGUGGGUUUUCUUCCCUUCUUCUGCGAGCUUUCCGGACAAAAAACAGAGAAAGAUUCAGGACCAGAGAGACUUCCCAAUCUCUCUCUAUAUAUAUAUAUAUACUUGCCAGCGCUUGGAUUUACGGACAAUGUGCUUCAACUUUGCAGGGGGGGCCACUCCACCCACCACCAGGGAGUGGCCAACGAAGAGCUUGGUGGUGUGGUGCUGAACAGGUACCUGCAUUUUGACUGGGUACUUUCUCCUUGGUCCCUGCUUGUAACUACCACGUCCUUUGCACCGGUUUGCUGUCAAGAGCUACUACAAAUUCAGGAUAAUCAACUUACCGAGCUUGAAGUUCACGAUUUGUGGACCUUGUUUGACUCAGGUUUCCUUUAUACUUAAGUGUUGUCGUGUGACCACCACCUCUCAUACUCCCUGGAUCUCCUUGGUUUAUUCAGGUUUUCACUCAGGCUGACAAGUGGCAAACCGCAAUCAGUCAGCACGCAUUGUGCCGAAUGUGCGCGCGUAUUGUUCCUCUCUUCCUUCUUCCCAUCCGUCGGUUCCUACCGGGAGUUUCUUCCCCUGGGACCCAGAUGGGACGUUUCAAGCAUUCCCUUGUGGAAGACUGACAGGCUUUGGGCAGAUCGGCUUUGACAGGCUUUGCUUCACUUCACCCCGAAAACGCCAGGGCCUGUAGGAGUGCGGCAGUCCUUCUGGCCUCAAAAGGGUGCGUGUCCGCAGCGUCACUGUGAGGGUCCAGGUGUUCAAUGGUCUUCGUCGGGUCCGAAUUCGACUCCUGUGGAUGAUCCAAAAAAUGGCCUUCCAAAAUAGUGCUAUACUACAUUACAUUGGGUCUCCUAUCCUAUUACCAGGAACAGUGGAUGAUGAUGCUUAGGUUGCACACCUUGCGGACAAAUCGUCUUGCUUGUAUCGUUGACUGACUUUUUACCAUGUAAUUCAUAGGCUUAGACCUUCACUCUUCCAUAGUGCGGUCCCCAACACCAACAGUUCCAGUGAGUCGGAGGGACUCUUCCCUCGGUGCGGAGCGCCGGAACGGAGGAACGACUCAGACUCGUGGUGACUCUGGGGUUUGGUCCUGUCACCACGAGGUUCGAAGAGCGUAAACUCCAAUGCAGGUGGAAGGAGACUCGAGACUGGCGAGAAAUGAGAGCUAAGUGCUGUACUCCAGUGGCUCAUCAUAGACUGGCGCAGAAAUCGGCCGGAAUGACAACAUGGAAUUCCAGUACAGUACACAAGACGCGUGUGGGAAAGCCGACCCUUUUAGUCUUCGCUUCGGGGUCUGGCCAGGUCUUUCAAAAACGGGCGGCGACCUGAAUGCAGUAGUAGCAGGUGCAGGUAAUACCUGCUCACACAGUGUGCAGUCUCAAAGACGCUCUCUUUCAAUCCCGUCCGAGACGCUCAUCUUGGCUUUUCUUGGACGGUGUCACGCUGGUUUUCUCCACGAGGUCCACUGAGUGUGGAGAAGUUUUCUGAAAAACGUCCCGAAACAGGGUCGCGGGUCAAAAGCUGGAGCCCGGAACUCACCCUGGUAGGACCUCCCCAGUAGUGUUUCUGUUCGUUUUCAGUCAACCACGGUCCCUGGGGCCACAUGCGUCGCCCAAGGUUUCACAAGCCUGUCUGUGUCGUGCAGCCAAGCAAUUGAUUCUGAACAUGUCUGCUCUGGACUCAUUUUUCGUUUCACCCAGCAACCCCCGAAUCGCAUCUCAAGC